UUUCUCAGAUUGGAUUCAAAAAGUUGAAACCCUUUUAAAAACUGCAGAAAACUCCCAAGUAAUCACACCAUAAGUUAGAAACAAACUUCUGGCGCGUCAAACCCACGCGACUCCCGAUAGCAGUAUACUAACUACGCGCCACCUGGUAUUUUUCUUUUUGCAGUCUGAGCAUCUACAGCGCAAACGGGGUUUGAAUCGUUGAAUCGAAUAUUGGUGGUAAUGGGCACAGAAUUUGUCGGUCCUUUCGUCAAAGAAGAUAACAUAAAAAUCCCGUCAAUUCCUCUCGGUUUCGAUUCGCGUGUGCCUUUCACUCGAAAAAGGCCGGAUGGUAAUCAAUUAAAUAAAUACUCAAGUUCCGGUAGUGCUUCUCAAACACAAAAAUCCUGUCUGGAAACAGAGUACGACUGUAAUAACGACUCGAAAACCGCCAAGUCUCUUAGGCAUAGACCGCGGGAAAGCAGUUUCGACGAUGACGUGAAGUCUGAGCAGUUUGGAUCGAACUGGCUCCCGAAAGGUGUGAUUCGUGGGUGUGAAUCAUGUGACAACUGCCAAAAGGUUACUGCAAAAUGGCGUCCCGACGAAGCUCGGAGACCCGAUCUUGAAGAUGCUCCUGUGUUUUAUCCUUCUGAAGAGGAGUUUCAAGAUACACUAAAAUACAUUUCAAGUAUACGCUCUAAAGCAGAGAAAUACGGAAUCUGCCGUAUAGUGCCACCUCUUUCAUGGAAUCCUCCUUGUCUUCUCAAGGAAAGAAAUAAAUGGCAGAGUUGUAAAUUCAGCACCCGUGUGCAACGGAUCGACAAACUUCAGAAUCGAGAGUCAAUGAGAAGAAAGGUAUUACAAGACAACGGCCGCAAGAGGAGGAAAAAGAGGAUAUGCCUGAACAAAGAAACCGAUCAAGAACCGAGCGAGGCUGAGGAAUUCGGCUUCGAAUCUGGUCCAGAUUUUAGCCUCGAUGCAUUUCAGAAGUACGACGAUGAUUUCAAGGUCCAAUACUUCAGGAAAAAUUACAGCAGUAACAAAAGUAUGGUAGAGCCUUCAGUAGAGGAAAUCGAGGGAGAAUAUUGGCGAAUGGUGGAACAACCGACGGAAGAAAUUGAGGUGCUUUACGGGGCUGAUUUGGAAACGGGAGCUUUUGGCAGUGGAUUUCCCAAAAAACGAGACGAAGAUGCUUCCGAGAUGAAGUACAUUGCCUCGGGAUGGAACUUGAAUAACUUACCAAGACUUCCUGGUUCGGUUCUUUCAUUUGAAAGCUGUGAUAUAUCGGGUGUUCUCGUUCCUUGGCUGUAUAUCGGAAUGUGCUUUUCAUCAUUUUGUUGGCAUGUAGAGGAUCAUCACUUGUACUCGUUGAAUUACAUGCAUUGGGGAUCUCCAAAACUGUGGUACGGUGUUCCCGGAUCAGAUGCACUUAACCUAGAGGCAGCUAUGAGGAAACAUCUCCCCGAUCUCUUCGAAGAACAGCCCGACUUACUUCAUAAGCUGGUCACUCAACUUUCGCCGUCAAUCCUAAAAUCGGAAGGAGUGCCCGUUUACCGAUGUGUUCAGAAUCCAGGAGAAUUUGUCCUAACAUUCCCCAGAGCAUAUCAUGCUGGAUUCAACUGCGGUUUUAACUGUGCCGAGGCGGUCAAUGUUGCCCCGGUUGACUGGUUGCCGCAUGGGCAGAAUGCUGUCGAGCUUUACCGCGAACAAGGCAGACAAACUUCCAUUUCACAUGAUAAACUAUUGCUCGGUGCUGCAAGAGAAGCCGUCAAAGCAAACUGGGAGUACAAUUUUAUGAAAAAGUGCACUCCAAGUAACUCGACAUGGAACGAAGUUUGUGGAAAAGACGGGGUCUUAUCAAAAACACUAAAGAAUCGUGUUGAAGUUGAGCGGGUGAGGAGGGAAUUCAUUUGCAAAUCGUCAAAGGCGAUAAAAAUGGAGAGCUCUUUCGAUGCUGAUAGUGAGAGGGAAUGCAGUGUGUGCCUUUUCGAUCUUCAUCUAUCUGCUGCAGGUUGCCGCAACUGUUCGCCGAAUAAAUACGCGUGUCUGAAUCAUGCGAAACAGCUGUGUACGUGUUUGUGGGGCUCCAAGUAUUUCCUUUUCCGUUAUGACAUCAGCGAGUUAAGCAUGUUGGUCGAUGCUUUGGAGGGGAAACUAAGUGCAGUGUAUCGAUGGGCGAGGCUCGAUAUGGGGUUUUCUCUAACUACUCCGGUUUCGAAAGACGACUUGCAAACUGAGAAAGAAGUCGAUUCUUCAUCGAACGCAGUUCGUUCCGAAGCGAAGAAAACGCAAUCUUACGGAAGCACUUUAAAAGAAUCAAAACACAUCGACAGUUCUCGCGCUUCUCAGAGUGCGGAGCCACUUAUGGUGGUAUUGGCUCUUGAAGCUGUGAGAACGCCGUCGAAGACUCGUUCUCCGUUCAAAAAGGAGAAACCUUUACCGCCAGCUGGCAGAUGUAAAAUACCAUCGAGCCAAGAAACAUCGGCUUUGGAAAGUUCAGUUUCGGAAAACAAAGAUGUCAUAGUCCUGAGCGAUGACGACGAAGAAGAUGAAUCCGUUAAAGAACCCUUUGCUGCAAAACGGAAUAAUUCUAUGAAUGAUUCUAAUGAAGAUGUUCCGAUCAAUAACGAGACUCAAAAUGCAGAGUGUAGCUCGAAAAGGCAUCAAAUCGACGAUGAAAAAUCGAAAAGUGAAGAUGGUCGUAAAAAAUCGGAAUCCAAGAACGAUAUUUUAGAUAGAUAUUAUCGAGCGAAAGGACCACGUAUUGCUAAAGUAGUGAGGAGAAUGAAGUGCAAUGUCGAGCCUUUGGAGUUUGGAGCUGUGUGUGAGGGAAAGUUGUGGUGCGAUAAUCGAGCUAUAUAUCCAAAGGGAUUUCGGAGCAGAGUCAAUUACAUAGAUGUAGAUGAUCCAACUAAUACGUGCUAUUACGUUAACGAAAUUCUGGAUGUCGGGCGAGAUGGACCUUUAUUUAUGGUAUAUGUGGAGCACAAUCCAAGUGAAGUGUUUGGUCAUGUAUCGGCUAGUAGAUGCUGGGAGAUGGUUAGGGAGAGGGUAAAUCAGUCAAUUGCAAAGCAACGUAAGUUGGGAAAUACGAAGCUUCCUCCUUUACAGCAUCCCGGGAGUUUGGACGCUAUCGAAAUGUUUGGAUUAUCUUCACCACCAAUUUUGCAGGUAAUUGAGGCUAUGGACAAGAAUCGUGUCUGUACAGAAUACUGGAAAUCACGGCAAAAUCCUCGAAAACCGGAAUCUGUAGAAAGCAGUAGCAGCUCUAAUUCGCAUCUGACGUGUUCGUUUAUACUCGAUGACCUAUUCAAGAAAGCAAAUGCAGAGGAACUUCAUACAGUGUCGGCUCUCUUAUCUAACGUUAAUUCGACGCAAGAUCAAAGAUUAUUGAAUCAGCGUCUUAGUGAGGAGAUUAACAAACAGCCAAGAUAGAUUUACUACAGAUAUAGAACAUGUGAUUAUUUACUUUACGUUUCGAGAGUCAUUUUUGGGCGGAGUUUUACUAUAGCGUCGUUUGAUCUCUCAACUAAUCUCUGACCUAGUUAGCUUUAUAUUUGUUCAUUCAUAUAUUUUGUGUAACGAAAACCACAUUCGUUAUUUCAGAUGUAAUAUUAUGGUUUUCGGAAUAUACCGGUGAAACAGAUGUACAAUAUUAUGAGCACA